ACUACUCGCAGUCUGUAUAAUAUACUGUAGGUACGAAAAUUCGUACCUUAAGCGACCCUUUUCUUCCGUGCCAUUUGUGGCUACAUUCUUCAUCAAUCAUACGACCAGUAGCUAGUAGGUGAUUAGGUGAUGAGGAUAGAGGUACGUCUGUGUAUUCGUAGGUACAGGUAGUAGCGAAAGCGAGAACACGACAACUAUGGUAUGAUUUUCUCAAGGAAUAUAUGCGUUGUUUUGAUUUCGAGGGAAUUGAGCAACAAUACUAGUAGCUUCAUCGAUGUUCAUCAAAGGAAUGCCCGUCGCCAUUAAUGCUUAUCAGCGCAUUUAAAAAAUUACUUAGCUUUCCGAUCCUACCUAUAGUGAUUAAAUGAUUUUAAAAGAAGAAACCAACUUUACGAGUAUAAUGCCAGGAGACAUUCCGUUCAGGUUCAUACCUUCGUGAACAUCGCUAUGUCUAUGUUCGGAAGCAAAAAGAAAGAAGAAGAUAUCGAUGAAUUAGCAAUAGGCCUACACGUUGUUAGAUAUCGUCCAGAAGAACUCACCAAGUUGACGAAAGUUACAAAAUUCAACAAAAAAGAAAUCCAGCUAAUCUAUCGCGGAUUCAAACAGGAAUGUCCCUCUGGAUUAGUGGACGAAGAUUCAUUCAAACAUAUAUUCUCUCAAUUUUUUCCUCAAGGAGAUGCCACUCAGUAUGCUCAUUACGUGUUCAGCACUAUGAAACGAAAUCCUUCCGGUAAAAUCAGUUUCGAGGAUUUUCUUGGAAUCUUAUCCAAAGUAUCACGCGGAAGUGUUCAAGAAAAACUGCAGUGGAUCUUCGGCCUGUACGACAUCAACAAAGACGGCCACAUAACUAAAAAAGAAAUGGUGGACGUUGUGAAUUCCAUAUACGAAAUGUUAGGCCGACACACCGAACCUCAAGUAGAUGAACAUUCGGCCAUGGAACACGUUAAUAAAAUAUUCCACCUGAUCGAUCGAAACAACGACGGUGUGGUAACUAUUGAAGAAUUGGUCGAAUGGUGUUUGCGAGAUGAACAAAUCAUCAGAUCACUGGAAACACUGGACACUGUGUUAUGAGGGUAACAUUUUUCGUCAUCAUCGACCUAUCGCUGACCUGUGGAUGCGUAAUGCGUUCUUAGUCCUAAUACCUACAUUAUAAAAUGUCGAUACUUCUACUCCUGCCACCCACCAGUACACUACAUAAUAUAUCUACUACAUACCUAUUUACCACUUGGGCAUUUGGUACCGAGAACAUGGUCUCGCCAUUCUUUCGAAAACUUAAUCGCCUAAUCGAUUAAUACAUUUACAUGUAUUUGUAUUUCUGCGAUAAUCGAUCUUUACCUCAAAAAUAUGUAGGUAGUUGGCGGCAGCGAUUUUUCAUUGUUACUAAAUUUUAUUAAUUUAUUACCUAACUCGUUUGUUUAUUCAUUUGUUUAUUUGUUUUGUUUGUUUGUUUGUUCAAUUUACCAAUUUCUACCUGGGUACCUACCAUGUUUAUACGCAUCUAACUGUCUAGCUAUCUUCUAUAAUGAUGUUCCUUUCAUUUGAGAUGAAAUUGUAUGAAAGUCUACCAAUUUACCUAUACCUACCUACCAAUCUAGCAAUCCAUCCAGAAUAAAAUGAAAAUAAAUAGAUUACCUAAGUAUGUACAUACAUAAGUAGGUAAUCUGUUUAUUUUCAUUUCAUUCAUUUUUUCAUUUCCUUUCGUAAACUAUUUCUUUCAUUUUGUUAUUAUUUACCAAAGUCUCGAGAUAAGCUUUUGUUUGUUUGUUUUUUUCAUUUAUCACUCUUUAUCCAUGUUUUACGAUUUUAUUUACCUAUCUAUUUUAUUAUUACCUACUUAGGUACGUGAUAACCUCACUGCAGAGUGCAGAUAGAAUAGGCUAUAGGCAUAAUUAGCGUGUGAUUGCAUGAUACGUUCUAGGAAUACCGAAUCGAGAGGAAUUGAUACGUAUUUAGGUACAUAACCCUACUUAUUUCCAAUAGGAGUAGGUACGAAAUAGUUAUUGGGUAUUCUUUAAGGCUUCGCUGAUAGAUUUUUUUUUGUAUGUAUCUCGUCAUUUGACCUGGUUAAUUAGAUGAAACGGAUUGUUUUGACAUAAUUAUUUGCAAAAUUUGUGUUGACUUUUGAAAACAUAAUUUAAAAAAUUGAAAUUCACGAAUGUAUGUCGUUGUAUUGCUUCUGGGAGUUCUGUCCACUGAUCUCGAUAUAAAACUUUGUGCGAAUGACAUCUUCCUCAACACCAACGUAGGUGUACCUACUUCUUUUUUGCUAAUUUAUCAGUAGUACUUCUACUUACCUACUCUUCUAAUUCGAACGUAUCAUUUUUUUCUUUCUAAAUGUUUCUUUCUUUUUUGAAAACAUGUGGUAAACCUAUACCUAUAAUUACUCAGUUACUUGUAAUGUUAUUGUUACCAGGUGUUUAUUUUUUACUUCAAGUAUUCAUUUUUAAUACGCUUAUCUUUACAUUAGAAUUGUUAUGUCUUACUUUCACGGGUAGAUAUUGUUUUCAUGUUUCCAUUCUAAUUUCUCCUUAGGUUAAUAGUAAGCUAAGUAAUACUACAUACGUAUGUAGUUGACCAGUCUGCAACCUUUUACCUUAUUUGCAACUCGAGUGUUGCACGCCUUACGUCUAACGUAGACGAGCAAUUCAACUCGCCACUUGCCAGUAGUAGGGUAUCGUAAAUACUUACUCGUAUACGACUCGAUCAGCUAACACAACUCCGCUGCUCUUACAUCUACAUAUCUACGAAUGUAGGGUCGUAGUUAAGCAUGCUUAUUACGCAAUAUUUUGCACUAAAUCUAUCGUGAAAUUCUAAAAUUACUAUUGAAGAGUGAAAUUUAUUUGCAAUCGCCAAUCUCCCACUCGAAAUCACGUUGAAAAAUUAAUUUAAUCGUGUGAUAGGAUUGAUUUGAAAUUAUACUUCCUACAGAAAAACUGGCGUUUAAAUUACAAAAAAAAAAAUCAACUAAAACUUGCCUACUGCAAAAAAUAGAUUUCAAGUCAUGGCAUUUCCUGGAAAUGUCAUCAUUUUUCAUGAUUUUCAGUGGCUUAUGAUGCUUUUACCAAGGUUUUUCCAUAAAGUUCUAUUUUCAGGUUCUGUCAAACUACUUCAUAUAAUGGGUUGCGUUUUGGUUUUGUUCAAGGUUGUAAAUUUGAAUCGGGUUUCAAGUAGUUUCGGUUUUGGGUUUGUUUCGAGUUAAUAGCUCUGCCCCUUUCUCACUACAAAAAAUCAUCAGAGUUGAAUUCAACAAUUACUGAUUUGAAAUUCAAAAUAAUUGUGGAAAAUUCAUUUGGAAUUAGCUACAACAAUAGAUUAGGUAUUUUGAAAUCGCCACUAUAAAAAUCAUUUUAAAAAUGAAGAAAAAAUGCUGAUCCAAAAAUCAAUUAUAAAUUGCUUGCUGUUUUGACUGGAUUCGUUGUAGGAGGGUAUCUAAUGAGGAGGGGGGGCAUUUAUGUUACUUACAACUUUCUCGCUUUGUUACGCGUUACGUGUGUGGUGAAUCUCGUGUACUGAGAUCACUUUGGGACCAAGUAGAAUCGACGAUACCCAACAUCGCCUACUACUUUCUUUUUUUUUUUCAAAUUCUACUUUCGCUUCAGCGAGAACUAACAUAAGUAUGUACGCGCAAAAGUGUCCAAUAGAAGAUUCUGACCAGGGUUGAAAACCCUUUGAAUUUGAAUUGGAAGAGGUUUUCGAGACCUUUGAGAAUGAGUAGGUUCUGGGUUCUGGUGCCCAAAAAAUUUUCAAAUGUACAUACUUUUGAAAUGUUUUUUUUUUCUGGUUUCAAACGGCGACAUUCAGGUUAUUGUUUUAAAGUGGUUUUCAGCUUUUUACAAAUUCAAACUGUUUUAAUUGCUCUAAUCGUUCCCCCAGUUCCACUUUUGGUGUUCUGCCGGUAGUUUCAACGAUCAAAAAACUGUUUCAAAUGGUUCCAGUUCCAAAAAAAAGCACAUCAAAAAUUUGAAAAUUGGCAUAAUUUUACUUUUUUCUCUCAAAUUUUCGAUUCAGCUUGGUAAAAAAAAGAAAUCUCAGUCCAGGUUUCUACUUUUGAAUUUUUCAAAUUCAUUUUCAAAAUCAAUGAAGCCUAAUUCUUUGUAAAAAAUUUCAAAAUUCAUUUUACCUUCUUUUUAAUUUUGAAAAAGUCUAAAUACGAGUCAUGAAAUUCGAAAAAAAAUUUCAGUUUUUUUUCAUGUUUUGAAAAUGCAAAAUGGACACAUUGACUGAAUUUGUUUAAAAAAAACUCACCACGAUUAACAUUUUCAAAGGGAAAAUUCCAAAAAAAAAAUCACGUUUUCUAAACAUUGGCCUGACUUAGUGAGCAACCAACAGUCAAAAAAUCACAUUUUCGCCAUCGAAUUUGAAGGUGUUGUAAGCGUUUUUCGAGGAAAAAAAGUGUACAGAUUUGAAGGGAUUUCCCUAUUUUACUGAAAUGUAUGGAAUUAUAAUUAUAAUUUCGAUGACCUGGAAGCACUGCUUAGUGCUUAAGUAUACAUAAUUAUAGGUAUGUUUAGUUAAGGUAGUUUUUCUGAAUCAAGCGUGGUUACUUGAACGAUUACAGGGCUGACUUUCAAAGCUUAUUAGAGGCCUACAGCAUCAAGUACGCUGAUUUCUUAGUCGGUAAUUGCGAAUUUUUUGAAAGUUGAUCGUAUGUAGAUUGUACGUACUGUCGUUGUCACGAAUUAGGUCAGUAUUUUGUUACCUACGAACAGAAAAAAAAUUAACAGUACCUAACCAAAUUAACAGUACCUAGCCAAAAAAAAAAAAAACCUGUGGCUAAUGCUUUAGGUACCAGGGCUAUUGGCUAUUUCUACAAUCCCCAUACGAUACCAACAUUCAUUUCAAAUCGUUCGCCUUAUCCUAUCGGAUAUCUUUGACCUACCUAUUUCACGUUAAUUUAUUUAUACAUAUCUUUUUGUUCUCGUUUUUCUUGUAAAUUUUGCAAAGUUGGCUGUUAUUAGAAUUAAAUGUAGAAAAAAAUGUGAGUACGAUGCCGUUAACGUUUAAAUGUAGUUCUUAUUUAUUCGUGUUAUUACUUACUAUUUAUGUACUACCUACGUAUCGAAAUAUACUAUUUUGUUUUUUUCUUU